UUUUUUUCCUCCUCAACACAUCUCUACUUUUCCUCAAGUCCUUUUUUUCUUACUUGUGUACUUCUUGUUCACAUUUGUCACAAAAAAUCAAGAAAAAUCCAAGAAAGUCACUUAUUUGUCUAAGUUAUAGUUGAUAAAUUUGUGGGGUUGAUUAUAAAAUUCCAACAAAAUGGGAGAUGAAUCAACUAGAAGAGUUUCAGUUGAAGCUAAUAGUAAUAAACUUCCAAAUUUUCUAUUAUCAGUUAGGCUCAAAUAUGUUAAACUUGGCUAUCAUUAUUUGAUUAGCCAUGCUAUGUAUUUGUUCCUUAUCCCAAUUUUAAUUGCUUUAUUUGCUCAUCUUUCAACAAUUACUAUGGAAGAUAUGGUUCAAUUGUGGAAUCAACUAAAAUUCAAUCUUGUCACAGUAAUUUUAUGUUCAGCCCUUAUAGUUUUCUUGGCUACACUUUAUUUUAUGACUAGGCCACGUAAAGUGUACCUAGUCGAUUUUUCGUGUUACAAGCCCAAACCUGAAGUUAUGUGUCCUAAGGAAUUAUUCAUGGAGAGAUCAAAGUUAGCCGGGAUUUUCACUGAGGAGAAUUUGGCCUUUCAGAAGAAAAUACUAGAAAGGUCAGGUUUAGGUCAAAAGACGUAUUUUCCGGAAGCACUUUUGAAAUUGCCACCAAAUCCUUGUAUGGCUGAGGCAAGAAAAGAAGCUGAAAUGGUUAUGUUUGGUGCAAUUGAUGAAUUGUUAGAGAAAACUGGUGUUAAGGCUAAGGAUAUUGGGAUUCUUGUGGUGAAUUGUAGUUUAUUUAAUCCAACUCCAUCACUUUCUGCUAUGAUUGUUAAUCAUUAUAAGCUUAGAGGAAAUAUUUUGAGUUAUAACCUUGGUGGUAUGGGAUGUAGUGCUGGAUUAAUUUCAAUUGACCUUGCCAAGCAAAUGCUACAGGUUCAACCAAACUCAUAUGCACUUGUAGUCAGCAUGGAAAACAUAACACUAAAUUGGUACUUUGGUAACAAUCGAUCAAUGUUAGUCUCAAAUUGCAUUUUUCGUAUGGGUGGUGCAGCAAUAUUAUUAUCAAAUAAAUCGUCCGAUCGAAAACGUUCAAAAUAUCAACUCAUACAUACAGUACGAACACACAAAGGUGCGGAUGACAAGAGCUAUGGAUGUGUGUUCCAAGAAGAAGAUGAUGAUAAAAAAAUCGGGGUCGCGCUGUCUAAAGACCUAAUGGCUGUAGCAGGGGAGGCCUUGAAAACGAACAUUACAACUCUAGGGCCAAUCGUUCUACCUAUGUCCGAACAACUAUUAUUUUUCACGACAUUAGUCGCGAGGAAAGUGUUGAAGAUGAAAAUAAAACCUUAUAUUCCAGAUUUUAAGUUAGCGUUUGAACAUUUUUGUAUACAUGCUGGUGGUAGGGCGGUGUUGGAUGAGUUAGAAAAAAAUCUUGAGUUGAGUGAAUGGCAUAUGGAGCCAUCAAGAAUGACACUUUAUAGAUUUGGUAAUACUUCAAGUAGUUCAUUGUGGUAUGAAUUGGCAUAUACUGAAGCUAAAGGGAGGAUUAAGAAAGGUGAUAGGACAUGGCAAAUUGCAUUUGGUUCAGGAUUUAAGUGUAAUAGUGCUGUGUGGUGUGCAUUAAGGACUAUUAAUCCUGCUAAGGAGAAGAAUCCUUGGAUGGAUGAGAUUGAUGAAUUUCCAGUUGAAGUGCCUAGGGUUGUGACAAUUAAUGAUUCUUGAAGAAUGUUUUGUUUAACCCAAAAAAAGGGGAAGCAAAGGAACUAGUUUAUGUGUUGUGAUCAUUGUAAUAUUACCUCACUUUGUUUUUGUUGUUGUUGUUAUAAUUAGGUGGAUAUGUACUUUGAUUAUGAUUUAAGAAAUCAAUACAAUAUCUUCUAUAUACAUGUUUUUGAUAAA